UAUGUCAGCCUGAACCAGAGCCCAGCAAAGGGGAGUAGGCAAGCCGACUUGGAAGGGAAGUUGAGCUCUCCUGGCUGUAAAGGAUGAAAGAUGGAGGGGCCAAGCCCGCCCUUCUAACCAUCACCAUCCCUGACUAUAGGGCUGACUCAGCCUGUUCCAGGGCCCAGAACCUUCUUUUGCUAGACCCUAGAGCCUUUGUUUUUAGUCAUGAGGCCUGAAGGGGUGGGGACUGGAUAAAAGGCCCCAACAGCAGCAUCCACACCCUUCCGCUGAGCUGGCCAUCCACAUGAAGCCUCUGAUGCAGCCCCUAACCCAGGCCCUGCCCUUCUCUCUUAGAGAUGCCCUUCGAGGUACAGGGCUCCAGGUGCCUGUCAUUAAGAUGGGCACAGGGUGGGAGGGCAUACUUCGAACCCUGAAGGAAGUCGCCUACAUCCUCCUCUGUUGCUGGUGUAUCAAGGAACUGCUGGACUGAUAGCAGGGAGCACCUCCUGACACCCCUGACACCAAGCCCUGCAGCACUCAGGUGGGGAAGGGAGGGGAGGGCAAACAGGAGCAGCCUCAGCUUCUGUGGUGGAACCUGCAGCCCAGCUCACCCAUCUUUCCUAUAGCCCUAAGACUUCUGGAGCCCACUGCCC